UCACCACUCAAUUCGUACAAUUCUAUGAGAAAUUAAGUCUCUGCCCCCAACUAUAAAGUGGGAAGACCAAAGCCAAGAUGGAGAUUAUGGCCUUGAUUACUUAGUUUAUGGCAUGGCAGCAACCAUGAGCCUCAUCACGAACGAUAACAAUACCACCACUGUUACCGCCGCGGCCACCACCACCACCAAAGACAACCAUGAACACGAUAUGGUUAUGCCUGGCUUUCGUUUCCACCCUACUGAAGAAGAGCUCGUUGAGUUCUACCUUCGCCGUAAGGUUGAGGGCAAGCGUUUCAAUGUAGAGCUCAUUACUUUCUUGGAUCUUUAUCGCUAUGACCCUUGGGAACUCCCUGCUUUGGCAGCAAUUGGAGAGAAAGAAUGGUUCUUCUAUGUGCCUAGAGAUAGGAAGUAUCGAAACGGCGAUCGACCCAAUCGUGUAACUACUUCAGGCUACUGGAAGGCAACUGGAGCUGACCGGAUGAUCAGAACUGAGAACUCCAGGUCAAUUGGGUUAAAGAAAACCCUAGUUUUCUACUCUGGUAAAGCUCCUAAAGGUAUCAGAACAAGCUGGAUCAUGAAUGAAUAUCGCUUGCCACAGCACGAAACUGAAAGAUAUCAGAAGGUAAAAAACUCUGUUGAGAUAUCACUUUGCCGCGUUUAUAAAAGAGCUGGAGUGGAAGAUCACCAGUCUCUCCCCCGUUCCCUUCCUUCAAGAGCUUCGUCAUCUAGAGGAGCCCAAUCUGAUCAUAAGAAACAUCCUCAUCAACUUUCCAUGGAAAUAUUUCAAGCUUAUGGAGGAGGAGGACAAUCGCAGCAAAUAGAGAUGGAGAAGAUGAGUGAAACAGAUGGAAGUAGCAGCUCAGAUGUCACUACUGCUUUAGGACUCUCCAAAAGUACUACUAAUGCAUACCAUCCAGUGCCUACAAUUAGCACCUCACUUGGAUUACCAACUUCAAUUCAAGAAGAAGAAAUUUUUCUAAACCAGUCUAGACAAGCUUGCUCUGUAGUCCCCAAUAACACCAACACCAACCUCUUGACAGGCGGCUCAUCUUCGGUUUCGUCCAACCCGGUUGAUGAUCUCCAUAGACUAGUAAAUUAUCAGCAGGCUUGCAUUAGCCACCAGCAGCAGCAGCAACAACAACAACAAUAUUACACUCAUCAUCAACAGCAACCUUCACAAUUCUCUAUCAUGGCACAGCAAUCACAGCCACUAGCUCUCAACGUACUACCAAACUCACUGCCUACUGCCUUUUCGGAUAGAUUGUGGGAGUGGAACCCAAUGCCAGAAGCAAAUAGAGAGUACAACAUUAACAAUCCAUUCAAGUAAUCAAUGAACUGCACAUACUUAUAUCUGCUAGAAGAUUAAUUAAUUAUACUUUAUGUUGCUGAUGAUGGUCAUAAUUAAUCCAUAUAUAUAUAUGUGUGUGUGUAGGCUCCUUUUAAUUAUCAACUCUAAUUAAUGUCUUUAGCUUUUGGGUUGACUGAUAUUGAUUAAUGUAUGAUCUGUUCUCUGUUAGGGUUUUGGAUUUAAUUUGUAGGGUUGUUUUGAUUCACGGUAGAGAAUUUUGUUUUAGCCUAUAAAGUUUGAGGAUUCAAAAUAAUGGGAAUUUCUCACUUGGUAUAGGGCUUAUUAAUCAUGUCUUAUGAUUAUUGUAA